UAGCUCUAGACUGAGAGAGUGGAACAGCUGAGAAGCUUCUAGAGCCAAUCAGCUAUCUAUAAAUACGCAAAGCCGCGGCUGUCUCCUCAGUUUGAAUCAGACUUCAGUGCAGUUGUGAGUACUCGAAGCGAGUUUACAGUUUUCAAGUGUUUCGAUUUUGUGAUCGUGAUAUUACUAGUGAGUGAAUAUGCCAGGAAAAAUGCCAGCUAUUGGAAUCGACUUGGGAACGACCUACUCUUGCGUCGGUGUUUGGCAGCAGGGAAAAGUGGAGAUUAUUGCCAACGACCAAGGGAAUAGAACGACACCCAGUUACGUCGCCUUCACCGACACCGAGCGACUCAUCGGGGACGCCGCCAAGAACCAGGUAGCCAUCAACCCACAGAAUACAGUUUUUGACGCCAAAAGGCUAAUCGGGAGGAAAUUUGAUGAUCCCAAAAUUCAAUCAGACAUGAAACAUUGGCCCUUUAAAGUAAUCAGUGAUUAUGGAAAACCAAAAAUUCAAGUAGAAUUUAAGGGAGAAAGUAAGAGUUUUGCACCUGAAGAAAUCAGCUCAAUGGUAUUAACAAAAAUGAAGGAGACUGCAGAGGCCUAUCUUGGCGGCCCCGUGAAGGAUGCUGUUAUUACUGUACCAGCAUAUUUCAACGAUUCACAGAGACAAGCCACGAAAGACGCUGGAGCAAUUGCUGGUCUUAAUGUUCUCAGGAUUAUCAACGAGCCUACAGCAGCUGCUCUUGCUUAUGGACUUGAUAAAAAUCUGAAAGGUGAAAGGAAUGUUUUAAUCUUUGAUCUUGGAGGUGGAACCUUUGAUGUAUCUAUUUUGACCAUUGAUGAAGGAUCUCUGUUUGAAGUGAAGGCAACUGCUGGUGAUACUCACUUAGGAGGUGAAGACUUUGACAACCGUCUCGUCAACCACUUGGCAGAUGAGUUCAAGAGGAAGUUCCGCAAAGAUAUGCGGUCUAACCCAAGAGCUCUCCGUAGAUUGAGGACUGCAGCUGAGAGAGCCAAGCGAACCCUCUCAUCUAGCACAGAGGCCAGUAUAGAAAUUGACGCUCUCUACGAGGGAAUCGACUUCUACACCAAAGUCUCGAGGGCGAGGUUUGAAGAACUCUGCUCAGACCUGUUCCGUAACACUCUUCAACCAGUAGAAAAAGCUCUGAAUGAUGCCAAAAUGGACAAAUCUUCUAUUCAUGAUGUAGUUCUGGUGGGAGGUUCAACUCGAAUUCCUAAAAUUCAAAGUCUUCUACAAAACUUCUUUUCAGGCAAACAACUCAAUCUGUCCAUUAACCCAGACGAAGCUGUGGCCUACGGUGCAGCUGUCCAGGCUGCCAUUUUGUCAGGAGACCAGAGUUCAGCGAUUCAAGACGUUCUGCUGGUUGAUGUAACUCCUCUCUCUCUGGGCAUUGAGACAGCAGGAGGAGUUAUGACAAAAAUCAUUGAGAGGAACUCAAGAAUUCCCUGUAAGCAGACACAGACUUUCAGCACUUAUGCAGACAACCAGCCAGCUGUCACUAUUCAGGUAUUCGAAGGUGAGCGAGCCAUGACCAAAGAUAACAACCUUUUGGGUACCUUCGACCUGACUGGAAUUCCUCCUGCUCCUCGUGGUGUGCCGAAAAUUGAUGUUACCUUUGAUCUUGAUGCCAAUGGUAUCCUUAAUGUCUCUGCCAAGGACAACAGUUCCGGUAAAUCCAAGAAUAUCACAAUCCAGAACAACAAAGGUCGGCUGUCCAAGGAGGAGAUUGAUAGGAUGGUGAACGAGGCAGAGAAGUACAAGGAGGAGGACGACAAGCAGCGGGAAAAGAUUGCUGCAAGGAACAACCUGGAAGGAUAUACCUUCAACGUGAAGCAGGCCUUGGACGAGGCAGGAGAGAGGUUGAGUGAGGAGGAUAAGACAACUGUGAGAAGAGAGUGUAACGAAACUCUACUAUGGCUUGACAACAACAGCCUGGCAGAGAAGGAUGAGUAUGAACAUCGCCUGCAGGAGCUACAGCGACAGUGUUCUCCUAUUAUGGCAAAACUCCAUGGAGCAGGACAAACCCAGCCUCAAGGACAUCAGAGUAAAGCCAGCAAUGGACCUACCAUCGAAGAGGUUGAUUAAAUUACCAUAAAAUGUCAUAAAUGUUCAUAAGUUCCUAUAAGUUAAAUCAAUGUGAUAUUUGUGUUUAAUUAUUAUAUGUAAUAGUGUAUAUUUUGUAAAUAUUGUGUAUAAUCAAUAAAUUUUAGUAUUUUUUAAAACAGUGUUUUUAUUUUUGUUUCCUUUUAACCAAAACAGUUAAUAGUUCAGUAAAUUUAUACAACAGUACAUUAAGAAGCAAUCAGUAUUUUAAUUUAGAGACUAAAGAGUAGUUACAGUACUUGUGGUUAGUAUAAGGUCUUGACAAAUUAAUGGACUUCCAUUGCUAUUACCACUAUAAAAUCAACAAAGUUGAAUUUUUGGAUUUCAUGG